AACUUGGGGUUGAAAAUGAAGGAAGCAUGAACUUAUGGAUAAACCAAUCACCAAAAACAAAAUUCCAAAAAAAAUAAAAAAAUCAGAAUGCUUCUCUAUGGUGGCGCAAGAUGCUCAAUGAAAUGCCCGAGAAAAGCUCCCAUCUUCCAUCACCACAUCACCGCAGGAAACACCAUAGCCGUCUCAAUCGUGGCCGCCACCGCGGCGCUGGUAUUGUCUGCAGGCGCCAUUGAGGUGGCGGCGCCAGCAGAAGAGACGCUUUCCAACGUGCCGCAGACGCUGUCAAGUGUCUGCGGCCCCGAUCAAAAGGAUUGCAAAAAAAGAUAUAAGAUACAAAAGCCCAAAUCGAAGAAAGCGGAGGCUUGCACGAAUAAGUGCACCUCCACUUGCAUUCGAGGCGGUUUAGGGUCCCCCGGAGAAGGCCCCUUAAAUAUCCGGAGACCACUGGUUGUUUUCAAGGAUGGUUUUCGAAGUCGAAAAUAUUGUUUGUCAGAAUGCUCUGACAUUUGUAACUUGAUUGGAGAUGGAGAUGAUGGCCCCUGAUUCAUUCAUUUUCUUUUAUUUUCAAGAAUACAAUUGUUCAAAACUAGAUCAAUCAGUGUUUUAUUUUUUACCCAUGUAAAUCCAUAUAUGUAAAUUGAGCUUAUGUA